AUGGCAAAAGGCCGGGGUCGACCGAAGAAAGACGUGCAAACCAAUGAUAUCCAGCUAGCAGUGGCGAACAACAACAAUAAUAUCGUACUAAACUCGGGGAAUAAGGGAGAAGGAGCUGUAAAUAAGGAAUUAGAGGCCAAGAUUGUAGCACUAGCGAGAGCAGAGAUGGCGAGGUUAGGGUUCACAGCCACACCUACUAGUGCGCCAGUGAUGAAGCAAGUGACAGGUCGAAUCGUCACGCCUCCGACGAUUCCUCCACCGCAAAAUACUGGGGCUAGCCGAAGGUUAGAAUUAGAAACACCGCUAGGGGUAGAACGGGAAGAGCAGAUGAUACCUCCGGCCCUAGCAGAGGAAAAGAAUUGGGCAAAAUUGUUUGCAGGUAACACUAUGGCUUCAAAAGGCCUGAAUCUGCAAUUCAUUGCUCUUAUCAUUAGAGACGGUGUGAAAAUUGCACAAUUGGAGAAGCAAGAGGUUGAGAAGGAAGCGGAACAAUGGACGAAUGCUCUAAUAUUAUAUGUUGUUGGGGAUUCUCCCACGAUAGGAGCAGUGUUUAGGUUUGUAAACCAAUGGAAUCUGGGGUAUAAACCAAGCAUAUUCUACCAUGAGGAUGGGUACUUCAUCAUACAAUUGCAGAACUCGGCUGACAAGGAAAAUAUUUUGAUAGCAGGUCCGCACCUAAUCAACAGAAGGCCAGCUAUAGUAAAGCCCUGGAGUGCCACAUUUAACUUCAGUGAUGAGAUAUUAAAGACUAUACCCAUAUGGGUAACACUACCUAGCCUACCACUGAACUGUUGGAGCACCAACUCUUUGAGCAAGAUUGCUAGCAACCUAGGAACACCUAUAUGUGCAGAUGAGUGUACUUCGAAAAAGCAGAGAAUAUCUUAUUCUCGACUGUUGGUAGAGAUGGAUGUUACAAGAGCACCUCCACAGUACGUGAAAGUCAUGGAUGCUCAUGGAAAGCUUUUUGACCAGUUUGUUAGCUAUGAGUGGUGGCCCCAAUUUUGUCCCUCCUGCUGUCAAAUUGGCCAUAUCUGCCCUGAAAAACAAGCAAAACAACCUCAGGACAAGCCAAAGGCUUGGGAAGAGAAGGGGAAAAACAAUGGGGGCCCAAAGAAGGAUAAACAAGCAUGGCAACAUAAAGGGGGGCACCCUAAAGGACCCCAACCAGUUCAGGAACCAGUGCAAGGGACUGAUCGUGAAGAAGGCUAG